AGUAACCUGGAUCGGCUGUUCUUCAACCUGUCCACGCAACGCUGAGGAACAAAAGUUAACCAUCAAAACAAGUUACACUUCAUGAACUAAAGCUUUGCCAUUAACUCGCAGAUGAGGAGGGCCGACAUCGGAGGAUACGGUGAAUUGAGACGUAGCCCAGCAGAUGAGGAGGGCCGACAUCGGAGGAUACGGUGAAUUGAGACGUAGCCCAGCAGAUGAGGAGGGCCGACAUCGGAGGAUACGGUGAUUUGAGACGUAGCCCAGCAGAUGAGGAGGGCUGUCAUCGGAGGAUACGCAAGGCCACGACGCUACAUAAGACAACAGAGUACAUCGGUCAGAUUCAGCAGGAGAGAGCUCAGCUGCACGAGGAGGCUCAGAGACUCAGAGGCUAGAUUCUGCUCCUUUAACUCUGCCAUCAAUGUGUUCCAGCUGCAGCUGCCCGUCACCUGCCAACGCUUUGACCACAUGAGGGAGAAGUUCAGAGAGUACGUCCGGGCACGGACUCUACAGAACUGGUGGUUCUGGAUCUUCAGCAUCAUCGUAGAGCCCCUGUUUGAGUCCUAUAACAGGAUGGUGUCCACAGCCAGUGUAGAGGAUCUGUGUCGUACCACUCUGUCCUGGCUGGACCAGUACUGUUCCCAACCUGCCCUCAGACCCACUCACUCCGUCUCCUCAGCACAUCCACGUCCAUCCUGACAGACCCCAGUCUGGUCCCAGAUGAGGCCACCCAUGCAGUCACCCAGGCUUAGUGCCUCCCCUACCCGUCCCCAGGACCAUUCCCCCUCCACAUGGCUCAUCAACAGGGAAAACACACAGCCUAUAGGACCCUAUGGAACAAUUUGAUACCCUGUAACACACAGCCUAUGUGACCCUAUGGAACAAUUUCAAUAGAUGGAAAACCAAGCUGUGCCAAAGGAUCACAGAGCUGAACCCACUUUAAAGCACACAUACAGUAGGCACUAGUAAUGAGAACGAUUUACCAAAAUGUCUGCCAUUGUUCAGGUUUUAAACCAACAUCAGUUCAAUUAUUUAAAUUCCAUUUCGUUCUGUUCUUCUUCUUCUCCUCUGAGUGUAAUGCUCAGUUUCUCUAGAGAUAAAUCAGAUCAAGCCUGAAAUGUAGUAGACCAAUACUCUACAUAGUUUAGUGCAGAAAACGUGGUUAUUAACUACAAUGACCCUAAUCCUUUGCUCGUCUGCUUGUCCGGUUUGAUGGAGAGGGAUAGAAAGCAAUUGCUUCGCUAAGUAUCUCUACCUGAAAAUACAUGAUCUAAGAAAUUGAUAGUUGGUAUAAAGUAUUUUCCUUUGCCUUAUUUACUUUGAAGAACAACUUGUACUGUCACGCACAGAUUCACAGACUAGCGGCUAAUAAACGUGAACAAAAUAGAACCAGGAAAUGAUUGCCCACUCUCCAAAUACUAUGCAAUGCAGAUCCCGCCUUCAUCCUGCUUUGAUAAACUUGUUUCGCCUCGUUGUGUGAAUCUGGGUAGGCGAUAGGCUAUUUUGUUUUAAAUGGGCUCCCGAGUGGUGCAGCGGUCAGUGCAUAGAGGCGUCACUGC